AUGUCCGAAACAUUUCGACAAUAUAUUAAGAUUCGUACAUUUUUGGGUUAUCGACCAAAAGAAAUUCUACUUGAAUUACAAAAUGCAUUUGGUAAUGAUGCGCCCACAUAUGCAAAUGUACAACGAUGGUCAAAACGAUUUCGUGAUGCUAUUGAUAGUCCAUUAGGAAGUCCACUUGGUUCACAAUUGAAUUUUGAAACACAAGAUUAUCAAAUGAAUCAACAAUUAGACGGAAAUAAUAUUAAUGAAGAUAAUGAUAAUAAUCAAAUACAAAAACAAAUUAAUGCAAAUGCGAAAAAAUCUGAAUCAUCACAUAGCACAAAUGGAAAAAAUAAAUCAAAACGAUCAUUUGCAAUUCGUUCCAAGCCACAACGCUUUAUUAAUGAAUGA